UAUGUUUUUUCUUUUGUUUGAUUUUUAAGUAUUUAUGUUUUCUCUUUAGCUCAAUCAAACAGUAACUUAAGUGCCUCAAUUGAUGUUACAUUUCAGACAUUUUUGUAAUGGCGGACAUUGCAUCACUAAUUCUUGAGAUCAUAAAGUGCAUAGCGACCCCAACCUGUCGCUGUGUAGAUUAUCACAGAAAAUUCAAACAAGAUGUGGAGGAUCUCAGAAAGAAAUUGGGAAUUCUAAAUGCCAUAAAAAAUGAUGUAGAAACACAACUCCAAGCAGAGGUUUCCUUGAAAAGACAAUGCAAAAAAGAAGUGGAGGAAUGGCUUCAAGAUGUGCGCAACAUCAAUUCUGAAAUUGAAGAUGUUGAACGAAGGGUGCACAAUGCUUCGUACUUGUCACGAGCUCGCAUCGGAAAACUUGUGCGUGAAAAAAUUAAAGCAAUGGAUGCAAUCCUUGAACGGGGCAGUUUUCCUCAAGGCUUGGUAGUUGAUAAGCCUCAAACUGCUUUGCCUUUACCAGUAGAUAAUCUAGAAGGUGAGAUUGCUGUGAAGAAAAAAAUUUGGGAAUACUUGACAAGCAAUGAGGUCCCAAUGAUUGGAGUUUGCGGUAUCGGGGGUGUUGGGAAGACCACUAUUAUGAAGCAUAUCCAUAAUGAAUUACUAUUGAGGGAGUCCACAUUUGAUAAGGUGAUCUGGGUAACUGUCUCACAUCCAUUCAAUGUUGUUAAAGUACAAAAUGAGAUUGCAAAAGGAAUGAAUGAAAGCCUCCCAGAGAAUGAGGAUGAGCAAAGGAGGGCUUCAACAUUGAUGCAGAUGAUAGGAAGAGUGAAAUAUGUGUUGAUAUUAGAUGAUGUGUGGCAAAGGUUUACUCUCAAUGAUGUUGGAAUCCCGAGUCCCACAAAGGAAAACGGUUGCAAAAUAGUUAUUACUAGUAGAAAGAUAAGGUGGGAAGGGACAUUCUACAAAAUCAAGAAUUGGGAGAAAUUUUGAAGCUUAUGCGUUUGGGCCAUCAGUAUGAAAAAGAAUAGGAUGGCAUCGUUUAUCUUCAUUCAUCAAGCUUGAGUUCUGGAAAUGGGCGAUAAGAGCAGCUUUUCCUUGAAUUCUAGCAUAUGCAAGCAAUGCCACUUUUUCACUGUUGAACUUUUCCCAUUUUUUGCCAUUAAAUGCCUGCAAAUUGG